AUGUCCACCUCCCUCAACCGCAUGUCCAGUGUCAAUGCCAACAUCAUCACAGCAGUUGUUCAAAUGAAGCGCAUAUCACAAUCAGUGUCCUCGGAGGCCGCAAGGUCUGCCAGAGCAGUUUUCCCUCGCCGCCCGGCGCAAGCAUUAUAUACCCAGCGGAGUUUCGGCACCACAUCUCGUCUAUCCGCAGAUGUCGCACCGAUAACAGCGGCUGGGCCACCGCCUGACGCACCCGUUGCGUCGGUGGAGCAUACGGAUAUUCGAGUUGCGCGGAAGAAGAAGCAGGCGGAGCUGUUGAAGAGGGGCCAGGAUAUGAGGGCGAUUGGAAAGGGUACUGGCGGCGGCUCGGCGAAGACGAAGAGAUUUUGGAAGGACGUCAAUGUCAAGAAGACUGAUGAUGGUCAUCAAAUCUUCCUAGACACUCGCCCACUCCGAACCCCGACGAAACAGAUCCUCAGCGUCGCGCAUACCAAACCCCAUCUCGCCCACGCCAUCGCCUUAGAAUGGGAUUUACUCGUCUCCGCGCAGCAAGCUCUCCGCCACCAUCUCAUCCCCCUCACCUCCCUCACGUCUCGCGCUCUUGACAUCGCCGAAGAAGACAAGAAGUCGUCAUCAGCGUCCAACCCAAAUGGCCUCCGCAACACCAUCACCGAGACGCUGAUGCGAUACCUUGACACCGACUCCUUGCUCUGCUGGGCACCUACACCGCCUGAUGACCCACCGGGAUACGAGACCCACGUUAGCCGCACCGAGAGUCUGCGGACCAUUCAGCAGAGGACCGCCUUGCCUAUCAUCCAAUACUUGACGGAGCGUGUGUGGCCAGGCGUGGAAAUCGUGCCUGUGCUAGACGAGGGCAGCAUUAUGCCUAAUGCGCAGCCACAGCAGACGUUAGAUGUGAUCAAGGGGUGGAUCAUGGGCCUUCCUGCCUACGAGCUGGCUGGGUUGGAACACGCGGUGUUUGCGGGCAAGGGGCUGCUUGUUGCUGCUAGGUUGCUUGUGGAGUGGAGCGAGGAGCUUGCUCAUCUUAGGGGGGAGGAACCGGAGAAGAAGUUUGGUAUUGAGGAGGCUGCGAAUGCGGCUACGCUUGAGGUUGAGUAUCAGUUGGGGAUGUGGGGUGUUGUGGAGGAUACCCAUGAUGUGGACCGCGAGGAUGUGAGGCGGCAGUUUGGCAGCGUGAUCCUUUUGGUAUCUGGAGAGAAGGCACCAUAGAUGUAAACUUGUAGCAAUAUUUGUACUUUUGUAUUAUCAAUGUAAACUACGAGAUGGCUUCCAUUCAUUUGGCGCUAUGCUAUGCAUCUCCACAUAUAAUAUCCCGGCUGGGGUUUAAUAACG